AUGAGCGGAAGCAAGCUCUCAGUGUCAAGUGUGCGGGGCUCCAUCAAGGAACUCCUUGCCGAAGCCAACGGCGAGAAAAAGCGCAAAUUCGUGGAGACCAUCGAACUCCAAAUCGGCCUCAAGAACUACGACCCCCAGAGAGAUAAGCGUUUCUCGGGCACCGUCAAGCUCCCUAAUGUCCCCCGCCCGCGCAUGUCGAUGUGCAUUCUUGCUGAUGCCAACGAUAUCGAUCGUGCUAAGCAGAUUGAACUUGAGUAUAUGUCCGUCGAUGACUUGAAGAAGCUAAACAAGAACAAGAAGCUGGUCAAGAAGCUCGCCAAGAAGUACGAUGCUUUCCUUGCGUCUGAAGCUCUCAUCAAGCAAAUCCCUCGUUUGCUUGGUCCCGGCCUGUCCAAAGCUGGCAAGUUCCCAACACCCGUCUCGCACGGUGAAGACCUUGCUACCAAGCUCAACGAAGUUCGUUCGACCAUCAAGUUCCAGCUCAAGAAGGUCCUGUGCUUGGGUGUCGCUGUUGGCCAUGUCGACAUGACGGAUGACCAGGUCUUGACUAACGUCAUGAUGAGUAUCAACUUCCUCGUCUCCCUACUCAAGAAGAACUGGCAAAACGUAAAGUCUCUCCAUAUCAAGACUACCAUGGGGAAGCCUGUGCGACUUUUCUAA